AUGAAGGCCAGGACCACUGCCGCGGCUGUUGCCCUCCUGGCGGCUGCUGCGCACGCGCGGCCGGUGGUCGAUGAAUCGUAUCCAUACACUGGUCCUACGGUGCCGGUGGGCGAUUGGGUCGAUCCGACGGUCAAGGGAAAUGGCAAGGGUUACCCCCGUCUCGUUGAAGCGCCCGCCGUCAAGCCUGCAUCGGAGAAUCCCACGAACAAUGUCAAUGUCAUUUCACUGUCCUACCUCCCAAAUGGCAUCCAUAUCCACUACCAGACUCCCUUUGGCUUGGGUGUUGCGCCCUCGGUCAAAUGGGGAUCCAAUCCCUAUUCGCUUGACAAGGUGGCCACGGGUUUUACGCACACUUACGACCGUACGCCGCCUUGCUCCGCGGCCGCCGUGACACAAUGUAGUCAGUUCUUCCACGAGGUCUCGCUCGACAACCUGACGCCGGCCACAACCUACUUCUACCGGAUCCCUGCCGCAAACGGUACGACCGAGUCCCCCGUGUUGAAGUUCACCACGGCCCGGGCCGCCGGGGAUCCCACACCGUUCACGGCAGCCGUGCUCAACGAUAUGGGCUACACCAACGCCGCGGGGACCUUCUCUCAUCUAGUCCAGGCCGUCGAGGAGGGAGCCGCCUUCGCAUGGCACGGCGGAGACCUCAGCUAUGCCGACGACUGGUACUCGGGGAUCCUUCCAUGUGCGGACGACUGGCCGGUCUGCUACAACGGCACCAGCAGCGAACUCCCUCCCGGCGACUAUCCGGAGUCGUACAACACGCCUGUCCCCGCGGGGGAGAUCCCGAGCCAGGGUGGUCCUCACGGAGGGGACAUGAGCACCCUGUACGAAUCCAAUUGGGAUCUCUGGCAGCAGUGGAUCAACGACGUUACUACCAAGGUGCCAUACAUGGUCCUCCCCGGCAACCACGAACCGGCCUGCGCUGAAUUUGACGGGCCCGGCAACGUCUUGACUGCCUAUCUGAACGACGAUGUGAGCAAUGGAACCGCUGCGAAGGCUAACCUUACCUACUACAGCUGCCCGCCGUCCCAGCGAAACUUCACAGCCUACCAGAACCGCUUCUACAUGCCCGGCGAUGAAACAGGAGGUGUCGGCAACUUCUGGUACUCCUUCGACUACGGUCUGGCGCACUUCGUCUCAAUCGACACGGAGACCGACUUCGCCUAUAGCCCCGAGUGGAACUUCAAGGAGGACGUCAAGGGCAAGGACAGGCAUCCCACGCCCUCGGAAACCUUCGUGACAGAUAGCGGUCCAUUUGGCACUAUCGACGGCAGCAUCUACGACACCAAGUCCUACGCCCAGUACAAGUGGCUGGCGCAGGACCUGGCCAGCGUCGACCGCACCAAGACACCCUGGGUUAUCGUCAUGGGCCACCGGCCAAUGUACAGCUCGGCCUAUUCUUCAUAUCAGAAGAAUAUUCGCAAUGCUUUUGAGGAGCUCCUGCUUGAACAUGGGGUUGAUGUUUAUCUCUCAGGUCAUAUCCACUGGUACGAACGUCUCUACCCCCUCGGAACGAACGGUACCAUCGACCAUGACUCCGUGCUCAACAACAACAUCUACUACACGAACCCCGGUAAAUCCAUCACCCACAUCGUCAACGGAAUGGCCGGCAACAUUGAAAGCCACAGCACCUUCGGCAAGGGUCAGGGCAUCACGGACAUUACGGCCGUGCUUGAUAUGAACCAUUACGGAUUCAGUAAGAUUGCCGUCAUCAGUCCGAAUAUGCUGCAGUGGACGUUUGUCCGCGGUGAUGGCGCUGGGGCGGGUGAUGAACUUGUUUUGAUUAAGCGGGAUGUAUGGCCAUGGGUAUAGUUGGCCAUGGGUAUAAU